AUGAGUGGAAAUAUUGAGACGACUAGGAAAAAAAUAAAAAUUUGUGUUAUUGGUGCCGGCGCAGCUGGUUUGUGUGCAAUCCGGCAUUUGUCAAACGACCUGAUUUCCUUUGAGCCCGCGGUAUUUGAACAGUCGGAAGUGAUCGGUGGAACUUGGGUUUACAGCGAAAAAACUCAAGCGGAUCUUGGUCAUCCUAUACAUUCCAGUAUGUAUAAAAAUCUUAGAACUAAUUUGCCUCUACAACUGAUGAAUUUUCCGGACUUUCAACGCAUGGACCAAACUGAACCCAGUUGUGGAACUCAUGAGCAAAUCCAGAAGAAGUCAUUCAAGGAGAAGCUGUUUAACGAGGGACCAGUCAACGGCAACCACAGAAGGCGGUGCAAGACUUUCAAGCAAGGACUCGACGCAGCGGUUCAACGGUGUCUGAUCAACAGCAAUCAUAGAAGGCGGUACGAGGCUUUCAAGCGACGACUCGAUCCAGCGUUCAAUAUGAAGAUCAUCAACGUUGAACCGAUUCUAAAAGAAGAAGAUUGGCGCAAAACAGAAUGGAAGGUAACAAUUAAAAAUUUAAAAACUGAUCUGGUCGAAGAAAAUAAUUUUGACGCCGUUUUAAUUUGUAAUGGACAUUAUUCGGAGCCAAAAAUUCCGAAAAUUUCGGGUAUAGAAACAUUUUCAGGAGAUGUGAUGCAUAGUCAUGAUUAUCGAUGCCCCGAAAAAUAUACUGGAAAAACAGUAAUUAUUCUGGGAGCUGGUCCAUCUGGUAUUGAUAUUGGUAUUGAAAUUACUGGAUAUGCAACUCAUGUUUAUUUAAGCCACAAUGGCCCUCGAUUUUCAAGUGCUUUACCACAAAAUAUGACUGAAAUUACAAGAGUAAAGUUUGUCAACGGCAAUGAAUUUCAUUUAACAGAUGCCACAACUGUUGUUGCCGAUGAUUUGCUCUAUUGUACGGGAUAUAACUUCUCAUUUCCAUUUUUGGAUGAAACUUGUCAUAUAAAGGUUGACAAUGAUCAUGUUAAUACGCUUUUUAAUCAUUUAAUUAACAUCAAACAUCCAAAAAUGGCUUUUGUGGGGAUUCCAUUUAAAGUUAUACCUUUUCCAAUGUUUCAUAUUCAGGUUCAAUAUUUCUUAAAGCUUUUAAGAGGGCAAGUUACGUUGCCAUCUCUAGAAGUUAUGAUAGAAGAUUCGAAAGUUAAAACCAACAAAGCUCAUGCUUUGGAAGCUCUUCAGUGGGAAUACAACGAUUAUUUAGCGGACGCAGCUGGAAUUGACAAACUUCCAAAAUUCUACAAAAUUGGAUAUUCUGAGUGGUCUGUCAAGAGAACAGAAAACUUACUGCGAUACAAAUAUUCAAAAAUAGAAAUCAUAGAUGAUCAAACAGUCAAAAUUUCCAUUUAA